AAUGAAGCUCAGGCUUUCUCAGAUCCUGCCUCAUUAUCUAUCUGCUGGUACAGGUUCCAUGUAUAAUAGUUCAUAUUAUAUUGUACAGCCGAAGUGACGUUAUUCCCAGAUGUCCAGGACUCUUGCAGCAAUAUUUGGAGGAGCUGCAGGAGCCGUGGCAUUGGUCGGGAUGAUUAUAGUACUUAUACGGUUCUGUCUGUCUCACAAAAGGAGUGUUUCAAGGACUUCAGAGACAGGAUCCUCUGAUCCUUCACAAGUGGGAAGAAUAGAAUUGCAAUUACGAGACACUAGGCGUUUUGAGAUGGAAGAACUAUCUCUGGCCACAAAAAAUUUCACAGAGAAAAAUUUAAUGGGAGAAGGGAAAUUUGGGGAAGUUUACAAGGGUUUACUUCAAGAUGGGGUGCUUGUAGCCAUCAAAAAGCGCCGUGCACUCCCGAGUCAUGAAUUUGUUGAUGAGGUACGGUAUCUCUCAUCUAUUCAGCAUCGGAAUCUCGUAACUCUUUUAGGCUAUUGUCAGGAAAACAAUUUUCAGUUUCUUAUAUAUGAAUAUGUGCCUAAUGGGAGCGUCUCCAGUCACUUGUAUGGCGCUGGUCAGCAAUCGCAUGAGAAGCUAGAAUUCAAGCAUAGACUUUCAAUAGCUCUGGGUGCAGCUAAAGGUUUGGCUCAUCUUCACUCUUUGAGCCCCCGUUUGGUGCAUAAGGAUUUCAAAACAGCCAAUGUUCUUGUGGAUGAAAACUUCAUUGCUAAGGUUGCUGAUGCAGGACUUCGUAACUUUUUCGGAAGAGAUGAGAUUGCAGGGCCAUCUUCUCAAGUGGCAUCAGAUGAGAUAUUCCUUGCUCCUGAAGUGAGAGAGUUCAGACAAUUUUCUGAAAAGAGUGAUGUAUACAGCUUUGGCGUAUUUUUGCUGGAAUUGUUAAGUGGAAAGGAAGCAGCAGAAUCACCAUCUUCAGACUCUUAUCAGAAUCUAGUUGAAUGGGUGCAAAGUAAUCAAGACCAUGGCAAUAUCUUUAACAUGGUUGAUAAGAGAUUGGGGAGUAGUUUUACUGGUGAAGGCAUGGAAGAGUUCAUCAUGCUGAUAGCUAAAUGUUUAGAUCCAUCAAGUGAGAGGCGACCUUCCAUGAACUAUGUGGUAACAGAACUAGAUCGAAUACUUGAAAAGGAAAUGAAUUUGACUACAUUCAUGGGUGAAGGAACUCCAACUGUGACCCUUGGAAGUCAGUUAUUCAAAACAACAACAUAGAAGGUAUUGCUGUCAUAAACUGUUUCAUAAAUAUUCAUGAAUUACAUCUUUUAUUUCUUAAUUUUUUAAUGGAUACUGGUGAAUGUUGGGGCCAUGCUGCUUGAUAAUUGUAUAAAGAGCAGCUAUGAUUUCCCCCUUUU